AUGGACGCAGCAACGCGGCGGGUAUUAUCGAGCGGCGUGCGGUUGCACCUGCCAAACCACCUACUAAUAUCCAGAGCCGCUUCCCGCUCCUUCAUUCCCGCAACCGCCACACUCCCCUCCACUACCAGCUCACUGUCCUCCUCUUCCUCGCCCAGACCCCGCGUAUCAACAUGUCCCAACCAAACUCGACACUUCACAAACACUCCCCGCCCCCUUGCGGGCGAAAAUUCCUUUGGCUUCCCCUCCAGCGCUCAACCGGGGCCAACCACCUACUUCUCACACAGACAAUCACUGCCCAUGAACACGGUGAUCAGGUUCGUGCCACAGCAGACCGCGUGGAUUGUGGAGCGCAUGGGGAAGUUUAAUCGGAUUCUCGAGCCCGGGUUGGCGAUCCUAGUGCCGUUUUUGGACCGUAUCGCGUACGUUAAGAGUUUGAAGGAGGCGGCGAUUGAGAUUCCGAGUCAGAACGCGAUUACAGCGGAUAACGUUACUUUGGAGUUGGAUGGUGUGUUAUAUACGAGGGUGUUUGAUGCUUAUAAGGCUAGCUACGGGGUGGAGGAUGCGGAAUACGCCAUUUCGCAACUUGCACAGACUACAAUGCGAUCAGAAAUUGGCCAACUUACUCUGGAUCAUGUGCUGAAGGAGCGUGCAACGCUCAACACGAAUAUUACGCAGGCGAUCAACGAGGCUGCGCAGGACUGGGGUGUUGUUUGUCUUCGAUAUGAAAUCCGAGAUAUCCAUGCCCCCGACGGCGUGGUUGCCGCUAUGCACCGCCAAGUCACCGCGGAGAGGUCCAAGCGAGCCGAAAUCCUGGAGUCCGAGGGUCAGAGACAGAGUGCCAUUAACAUCGCGGAGGGCCGCAAGCAGUCCGUCAUCCUUGCCUCCGAGGCCCUUCGGAGCGAGCAGAUUAACAUGGCCACGGGUGAGGCGGAAGCGAUCAUGCUCAAGGCCGCUGCAACGGCGAAGGGGAUUGAUGCUGUGGCCAAAGCCAUGCGGGACGGCCAGGAGAAUGCCCAGGGUGCCGUCAGUCUGAGCGUUGCCGAGAAAUAUGUCGAGGCCUUCUCGAAGCUGGCGCGCGAGGGCACCGCUGUUGUUGUUCCUGGGAAUGUCGGGGAUAUUAGUGGUAUGAUUGCCAGUGCCAUGGCCGUCUAUGGGAAGGUGAACGAAGGGCAAGUUAAGGCUAUGGCUGCAAAAGCGAUUGGGGCACGGGAGCAGGGAUCACAAGAAGACGGUGGAGAAGGCGAGGAAGGGUCCAAGAAGAGGACGAGGGCCGGGGAGCUGACGCAGAAUCACUUCGGAGACACCGCUAAAAACAUUCCUGCGCCGCCAGGGGACGUUGCGGAUAGUGUGCUUGAGGGAUUCGAGCAAACGAGUCAGCGGAGAAAGUCGUGA